AAGGCAUCUGUAGGCGAGUACAAGAGUAUUAUUAGUAUUAUUGGUUGUAUUUGUUAAUGGUGUUAUACAUAUUGUGGCAUCAUUUCUAUUGCUAUCUUUAAAUCUGAAUUAAUUAUAAUUAAUAUUAGUUUAUAUAAACGUAUAUUCAUAAUAUCAUGCAAUGAAAGCGCAUUCAUGGAGGGGGGAAGGUAAUCCUUCAUAGCGCCACUAGGUGUCGCGAGUUCCACAGUGCGUUUUUCAAUCUGCGCUAAGCAUUGUGGGUGUUGUCGUUUUUUUAUUUUUUUUAAAAUUUCUAAUCCAAACGAAUACGUAAUAUUUUACACGCCCUUAAAAUGAUGGGUAUUUCAUUUCAGUCUUUUUACAUCACAAAAGGCAAUACUAAUGACCAAUAAAAUGUGUAUUUAAAUGCCUAAAUAAAUAAACAUAGACAUUUUGUAUUUUUUAAGCGUUUCGAGUAUUAUUAUUAUUAUUAUUAUUAUUAUUAUUAUUAUUAUUAUUAUUAUUAUUAUGUGUGGUCCGUGUCGAAACCGCGCUCUCGAAUCCUACAGCUCCUGAAUCCUGACGUCACCGAAUAGAGGCGCGGUAGUUAAAUAGCCCCGAAUUCUCAGAACAAUCAGACUGCUGGGGCUCAGAACUCGAAUGUUUAGAACGCUCCACGGCCAAUCGGCGGCGAGGGUUCCGAGUCCCCGCCUCCCCUUCCAUUCAUAAAUAUAAAUAAGAAAGCGUGAGCUCCCGCGCAGGCGCCGUGAGUCGCUUUGCUUUCUUUUUUUUAUGCUAAACUACAAAGGGGCGGAAGACAGAGGAAAACGGGAUUAAAUUCGAGAAAUAAAGUCAAAUUCUACACCCAAAAAUACAUUUAAACCCCCCCCCCCCCGGAAUAUCUGUAAAAGGACGAAGAGAAACAGAAUGGCCGAACCUGACAAGCUGAACAUCGACUCGAUCAUUCAGAGAUUGCUGGAAGUGAAAGGUUCCCGCCCUGGAAAGAACGUCCAGCUCACGGAGAGCGAGAUCCGCGGGCUCUGCCUGAAAUCCCGCGAGAUCUUCCUCAGCCAGCCAAUCCUGCUGGAGCUGGAGGCGCCACUGAAAAUUUGCGGGGAUGUUCACGGGCAGUACUAUGACCUCCUGCGUCUCUUUGAGUAUGGCGGCUUCCCCCCCGAGAGUAACUACCUGUUCCUGGGGGAUUACGUGGACCGCGGGAAGCAGUCCCUGGAAACCAUCUGCCUCCUGCUGGCCUACAAGGUGAAGUACCCCGAGAACUUCUUCCUGCUGCGCGGAAACCACGAGUGCGCCUCGAUAAACCGGAUCUAUGGCUUCUAUGAUGAGUGCAAGAGGCGGUACAACAUCAAGCUGUGGAAGACGUUCACUGACUGCUUCAACUGCCUGCCCAUCGCAGCCAUCGUCGACGAGAAGAUCUUCUGCUGUCACGGAGGUCUCUCUCCUGAUCUUCAGUCCAUGGAGCAGGUUCGCAGGGUGAUGCGCCCCACUGACGUCCCUGAUCAGGGGCUCCUGUGUGACCUCCUGUGGGCCGACCCCGAUAAGGACGUCCUGGGCUGGGGGGAGAACGACCGGGGCGUCUCCUUCACGUUCGGGGCAGACAUCGUGGCCAAAUUCCUGCACAAGCACGACAUGGACCUGAUCUGCAGAGCGCACCAGGUAGUGGAGGAUGGGUACGAGUUCUUUGCUAAGAGGCAGCUGGUCACUCUGUUCUCUGCUCCUAAUUACUGCGGGGAGUUUGAUAAUGCUGGCUCCAUGAUGAGCAUCGACGAGACCCUCAUGUGUUCAUUCCAGAUCCUCAAACCCGCAGAUAAGAAGCUCUUCUCUUACGGAGGAGGGGGGGCGAUGGGCUCGGGCAGGCCGGUGACCCCGCCCAGAAAUUCAGCAAAAUCAAAACCCAAAAAAUAACCCCCCCCCCCCCCCAAUACAACAAAACCAUCUGGCAUAGCAAGCAAUAACUUGCAAGGAGGACCGCGCAAUUGGAUAAUACUGAACGCAUCACAGAGCCCCGCCCACUAUCACCACCACCACCACCACAACCAAUCGGAGACUUUGGUAGCUGCUGUUGCCGGGUAGAACAUGUUUCAAAAUGUGUUCGUUUUUCCGUCCUCCUCUCUCCCACCAAUUGGAAGAGCUGCUAGCUGCUGUUGCCGGGUAGAAAAAAUAAAAAACCACCAAUAGCAGCGCUGGGGAUAACGUGAGCACCUCGGGAAUCAAAUACUGUAAAAAAAAAAAAAAAAAAAGUUAAAAUAAUUUAUAAUAAAUAGGAUGUAAAAAUAAUAAUUUGUAAUGCUGGAUGAUGUAAAUUUUAUGGCAGACAAGUUUUAGUGAGAAUUAUUUUUAAUAUAGUCUGAAAUCAGCCAUUAUUAUUAUUAUUAUUAUUAUUAUUAUUAUUAUUAUUUUUUAAUUGUUAAUAAUUUGACUGCAGAGAUUCAGCUUUUUUAAAAAAGGCAACCUUUCCCAAACCUCCUGAAAAAUGAAUUUAUAAAUAUCUAUUUAAAACUAACAUAUUUCCUUUUCCUGUAACCCUAGUUUUAAUGUUUAUUUUUUAAGAUUAACGAGACUAGAUUUCGUUAGUGUUUUAUUGGAAUUUUUCGUGGAUAAUGAGACCUCACCUUUUUGAGUCGUUCUUAAAUUUUUUUCCCCAAUUUUUUUACAGACUUUAUUGUAGCAACAACAUGUAUUUUCUUUUUUUGACAAAGACUUGAAGAAAACUGUUUUUAUUCCUGUUUUAAUUUUACAUUUGAUUUUUUCUUUGUGCUGAGAGAAUGUGUCUGUGUGUUACAAUCCAAAAUGACAUGGCUACUGAAUAAAAACUUUAUACAAUCUA